AUGGAUUCCAUUCAGACACAUCCUUCUAGUGCCGUUGACGCUAAAAACUUCAUCGCACCUGGCUCGCUGUCCUUCCCUGGCGGCGCUGCUGAUAUCACCCCACCAUCUACUAACGAGGCUGUCGCUGGAAAGCAGCAGGUCACUCCUGCGGCUCCCGUCGCGGCCUCUCCACCUGCGACUCCUGCUGCCACCCCCGCUGCCACCCAAGGUGUCAGUGGAAUUGUUCCCACGCUACAAAACAUCGUUGCCACAGUCAACUUGGACUGCCGUCUUGACUUGAAGACCAUCGCACUACAUGCAAGAAACGCGGAAUAUAAUCCAAAGCGUUUCGCUGCGGUUAUUAUGCGUAUUCGCGAUCCCAAGACUACUGCUUUGAUCUUUGCCUCGGGAAAGAUGGUUGUUACUGGUGCAAAGUCAGAAGACGAUUCGAAAUUAGCGUCCCGCAAAUACGCUCGUAUCAUCCAAAAGCUUGGUUUCAACGCAAAGUUCACCGAUUUCAAGAUCCAGAACAUCGUUGGUUCCUGCGAUAUCAAGUUCCCCAUUCGCUUGGAAGGACUUGCUUCGCGCCACAUGAAUUUCAGCUCUUACGAGCCUGAAUUAUUUCCUGGUCUCAUCUACAGAAUGAUGAAGCCUAAGAUCGUUCUUUUGAUUUUCGUCAGUGGCAAGAUUGUCUUGACGGGAGCAAAAGUUCGUGAGGAAAUUUACCAAGCUUUCGAGAUGAUCUAUCCCGUGCUUCAAGAUUUUAAGAAGGUCUGA